AUGAAGAGGCUGGAAAGGCAUAUGGUCAGGGGACCAAUGCACAGGCAUUUUGAUUUGGAGAGGAAGACAGCCAAGCAAGCUGAAGCUAGACUCAGCCAAAGCCUGCAGAGACUGGAGGCCAUCUGCCUCUACCACAUGAAACUGCUGACCCGAGAGCAGAGACAACUCCAGAGAGACCUGCAGAGGCUGCAGCAAGCAGAACUUAUCAAGAAAAAGUUCUCCUCCUACCUUGCGGAUGGGCUCCAGGGGAGACCAGAUGCCCUCCAGUUCUCACUCCAGGGUGAGCAGAAGCACAGAGUCCUACAGCCUAAUAAAUUUAGAUCAUUGGCAAUCAACAUACCCCAAGAAAUAUAUAAAAGCAAGUCCCUGAUGCUUCAACUCCAUCAUACUGGCCCCAUGAGAAGCAAAGAGCAGUUGCUAUUUCAGAAUUACAGAGCGGCUAACCUCACUGAAAAGAAGCCACCAGAUCAGGAGAACAAGUCUAAAAAUCCACCUGAGGGUAUUGACUCCUGCAAGAGCCUCUCAAUCCCAGAUCAAGAUCUCUCCAACAACACCACAGACAUCAAUCCUGGCUCCAGUCCCAUAGAUGAUAGUAUAAUAGCACAAGGUGAUGAAAGCAUAUCUACAGAUGGCUAUCUACAGACUGACCAGGAUACUGGGGAAGAAAUCUCUCCAAGUCCCAUGGGAUGUACAGGAAACAUCAAUGAAGAAGCUACAAGGUCAAACUACUUAGAGUUGUUUGCAAAGGUCAAAAAUGCACACUAUCUCCGGCACAGAGUCCCCCCUGAGUCUGAGAGAUUACUUAGCAUUGGGGAGAUAUUUGGACAUGAGAAAUCUUUACCUUGGCAGGAAGGCAAGGAGUGUGAGAAUAAGCCGACCACUUCCUCUCCAACCAUCUAA